CCGCCUCGGACCGAGUCUUCCGACUGCUGAGCCCGAGGAGAGCGAGCGGAGGAGAGCGAGCAUCUGGAUCGCGCAGCCGACCCUGAUCGCGUCGCCGCCUCUGCAGUCCCCGGUGCCGCCGCUCCUCCCCUCCGCCCGGCCGCUGCCCGCCCCGACCCCGCGGUGAUCAUGAAUCAGGCAGAUAAAAAUCAAGAAAUUCCAUCUUAUCUUAGUGAUGAACCACCCGAAGGGUCAAUGAAGGAUCACCCACAGCAGCAGCCAGGCGUGUUGUCUCGUGUGACUGGAGGGAUCUUCAGUGUUACAAAGGGAGCUGUUGGUGCCACCAUUGGUGGCGUGGCUUGGAUUGGUGGAAAGAGUCUGGAGGUGACCAAAACAGCUGUCACAACUGUGCCUUCCAUGGGAAUAGGGCUGGUGAAAGGCGGCGUGUCUGCUGUGGCUGGAGGUGUGACGGCUGUGGGUUCUGCUGUUGUAAACAAAGUGCCCUUAUCAGGAAAGAAGAAAGACAAGUCUGACUAAGGGACAGGAACACGCGUGCACUUGUGUGCGCUGGCACACGUGCUCUACAGAAUACGAUGCCAGUGGCGUUGAACUGCUCAAUCACAGACUACAGCCAAGCCCACUGCUAAACUGCUGUGCUCAAAGUAUUGACGGCUGGCUUCUCUAAACCAGGAAGAAAGCAGUACUCUCCCAGUGUGUGGGGGCUUUUCACACUUAGGUCCAGCUUUUUAUCUGGUAAAAUGUUACACUUGCUCAGUUGUAACUGAAGAUAUGGUAUGUUUAAAUAUUUGCUCUAAGUCUUUCAGUUUGACUAAAAAUGUGAAAGUUCAACUUAGUAGAUGACUUUACAGUUCCACGUGUAAAGUGUGCCAGGUAACUCAUGUGCCCCUUACAAAGGGACUCUUGAACCACAUAAACUGUACCUUUGAUGUGCCUAAUAGUUUCAGAUGUCUUAGUUUUUUAUAACAGUAGUGGUUUAGGCCAAGAGGCGUUCUUAUUUAAGCUGGCAGAAAAGUAGCAGGAAUUCAGAAGUUUAGAAGAUAAAUGGUUUUAUGAUACUGUUAAUUGUUUUUUGUUAGAUAAGCCUUUUAUUUGUUUAAUCAUUGAUGCCUUACAAAAGAGAACAUCUUUUCUAAUACCGUAAUAUGUGCAGUUCUUACAAUUAUCAGUGAAUUCCUUUAAAGGUUGUAAAACUAGUUUUCCCUCCUAAGAAUCUCAGGAGUAUCGAGUGAAGGCGUCUCCUGUGCCGUGAGUAAGAUAGUGCUGUUUGCUGUCAGGAAUUAACAUCACAUCGGUAAUACACCCCACAGUGCCUCGGGAAUAUUUCUUAGCUGAUCAGGAGCUCUGUGGGAAGAGUUUUAUAUUAAGAAGGAACAAGUAUUAGUUUUUAAGUUCUUAUAAUUAUCUGAAGCAUCUAAGAUAAUCCUCCAUGCAUCUUCUGUCUUUCGGAUGUCUUAAAUUAUCAGUAGCAAUUCCUUUAAAAAUACAAUAAAAGCAACCAUACGUAUAUGAGGAUUGACUCUUAAAAUGAAUGAGAUGGGCUCCACACAUUGGUUUUGAAUAAAAAAAAUACACAAGUGCUUUCA